UUUAUGUUGAUUUAUAUUUAGGUGAAACAUCUUUCCCAAGAAUGGGCAAAAAAUGCUGCACUUCCAUCUCAUGUUGCAUCUACUUUGAAUAAUUUUCCAUCUAAUCUCCAUCCAAUGUCACAGUUUAGUGCUGCAAUAACUGCCUGUAAUACUGAAAGUAAAUUUGCAAAAGCAUAUAGUGAAGGUGCAAAGAAGACAACAUAUUGGGAGUAUAUCUUUGAUGAUGCCACAAAUUUAAUUGCAAAGUUGACACCAAUGGCUGCAACUAUUUAUCGUAAUUUAUAUAGAGAUGGUAGCAGUAUCGGUGCCAUUGAUGUCAACAAAGAUUGGUCUGCAAAUUUUACAGCAAUGUUGGGUUACGAUAAUCCAAUUUUCACUGAAUUAAUGCGAUUAUACCUUACAAUACAUAGUGAUCAUGAGGGUGGCAAUGUUAGUGCUCACACAACUCAUUUAGUAGGAAGUGCUUUGUCGGAUCCUUAUUUAUCAUUUGCAGCUGGAAUAAAUGGUUUGGCUGGACCACUUCAUGGUUUAGCAAAUCAAGAAGUAUUAGUUUGGUUAACAAAACUUCAAAAGGAACUUGGAACAGAUGUUUCUGAAGAAAAGUUAAAAGAAUUUGUCUGGAAGACUUUGAAGUCUGGCCAGGUAGUGCCUGGUUAUGGACAUGCAGUACUUCGUAAGACAGAUCCAAGAUACACUGCUCAGAGAGAAUUUGCAUUGAAGCAUUUGCCUGAUGAUCCAUUAUUUAAACUUGUUGCAAGCAUUUACAAAGUGGUUCCACCAAUACUUUUAGAAUUGGGUAAAGUGAAAAAUCCAUGGCCAAAUGUUGAUGCCCACAGCGGUGUUUUAUUACAACAUUUUGGAAUGAAGGAGAUGCAGUACUAUACAGUUUUAUUUGGUGUCUCUCGUGCUCUGGGUGUACUAUCUUCUCUUAUCUGGGAUAGAGCUAUGGGUCUACCCAUCGAAAGGCCUAAAUCAAUGGACACAAGUGGUCUAAUGAAACUAGUUGGUGCUGUCUAGAUCACUGGUCAUUCUCAUACUUCCAGUAUACAUUGGAAAGGCACCAAUUUAAUUUUAUUAUCACAGCAUAGAAAAAUUUUAAAGAAAGGGAUUGAAUGAUACUUGGCUUAAGGAACUGUAGCAUAUUUUUCCAGGACUUUGACAUUUAAAUGUUACAAAAAGUAUCUAUCAAUCCUUGGUUAGGUUUUAAUCUCAGGUUAAAUGCACUCCAGGAAAAUAAAUAUAUUUGGUUUAGGUUAAAAAGAAAAAAAAUGGAAAAUGUAAUCAAGAACUUAAAAAAAAGCAAUAUGAAUUUAGAAAUUUCAAAACAAGCAGGAAAUUUUGCUCAUUUAAUUAGAUUUAUAUAUAUUGUUUAUAAGUCAACAAUUUUUGGAAAAGUUGCUGUAAAUGUGAAAUUGAAGUAAAGUCAGAUUGUGUAGAAACUGA